UUUACCCUCAUUUCUUGCGUCACACCUAUCCUCUAUAUGUUGGUAAAAUGGGAACUUUGAAAAAAAUACUUACUCAUUCAAAGAAAAAAAGAACACUCCCUCUUCGUGGACCCGAGCUUCUUCAUUAGACUCGAGCCUCACUCCCUCUUCAUCGACCCAAGCUUCAUCAACACGAGCUUUUCAUCAUAUGCACACCCUUGACUGUUCCGAACAUUUUUCUUCUCUCUUCAUCUCUUCUCUUUACCUCUUCAUUUGAAUCUACUUCAGUUCAAAUAUCGUUGGGGCUGUGGUAGGCUUGGCCGAAGAUUCAUUUGGUAAGUGAGGGUUUUUCUAAUCAAAUUUUGGAGUUUAAUGUUGGGGCUAUCGUCAAUUUGGCCCCAAAGAAUCAUUUAGUAAGUGAGGUGUGUUUUUUAAAAUUGAAUUUAUAUUAAUUUUUUUGUGGGUUUUUUUAAAAACAAUUGAUUUCGUGUUAAUUCUUUUUGUGGAUUCUUUUUUAUUAGCAAUGUAUGAAUGUUUGAUUCAAUCUAGGUAAAUACUCUGUGCGUUGUUUUCAUUCCUUAUUUUGUGUUAGGAGUUUGUUUGAGGUUUGAAGUUUGAAGUUGUUUGAUUGGGUUUGAGGGUUUGGAUUUCAAAUUUACUUUAUGAAGAGAUGUUUUGGCUAUUGAGUGACUAUAAUUACUGUGGUUUACUGUGGUUUGUUGUGUCCAGUGUUGACUUGGUUUCGUUGAGGUUGAGUUGAUUAUUUUCUUUUUUAUUAAUGCUAAUAAUUGAUGUUUGGUGGUUAUUCUAUUUGAAGUGUUUCUAUGUGAACACUUUCAUAUUUUAUUCCUUCUGGAUAGAGCUUGAGUUUGUUGUUUUACCAGUUCAAUUAUUGGAGAGUGGUUUUUGAGUGUUUCUCUAUAGCCUCUUUCAUAUUUUGCUACUUGUGUUUGCAAGUUCGGUUUAAAGUUUUUGCUCGUUCAUAUUUUGCUGCUUAUGCCUACAAGCAUAUCUUAUUUUAUAGAUUUAAUGUUUAUUUUGUCUUUUCUCACUGCUAUUCAGUUAUGUCUUCAAAUACUUUAAGGGAAAUCAAAAUUAAAGAGAUCAACCCAACUCAAGUGAAAUGGUUUGUAAAAUGUUAGAUUAUUAGAUAUUUGCCAUUCUGCCAACUUAUCAACGGGAAACAUGAAUCUUAUAUUAAGUUCAUUUUGAUAGAUUCAGAGGUAUGUUCUUAAUAUGGAUCAUACUUUUUCUUCUAUUUACUAUUUUUAUUUUUGAGAUUUGAAGUAAUGUGAAUUGCAAAUAGAAAGAAGUUGAUUACAUUUAUUUAUGCAUAUUUCUAUUUCAAUGUACAUGACAUUUAUAUGUAUUUCUAUUUCGAUGUACAGGGUUGUAGAAUUGAAGCUCUAAUGAAAGAGAAAAUUUAUGAUAUGGUUUUAAAGGAUAAGAUAAAUCCUGAAAAAAAUUUCACCUUUGACAAUGUUAAGUUAUUGAAUAAUGCUGGCCAACAAACAUGAUAAUAUCCUACAAUUAACAAAAAAACUGACAUUAGAGAGGUUGAAUUUGAUAUCUAUACUAACUUUGGGCUAAUACCUGUCCACAUCAAUGAAAUUUCCAAUCUAAAGUAAUAUUCAGAGUUUUUGAUGGCUAAUAACACAUAUUAUUCAUUUUAUAUCUUUAUUUCUAUGAAAAUAUAUGAUAUUACUAACACAAUGUUUUUUUACAUAGAUAUAGUUGAUGUUGUCACAACAAGGUCUAGACCAAAACAAGAUUUACGUAACAACAACAGGAUCUCAAAAUUUAUCUUUGAAAUUUUAGAUCAUAUGUAUGUUUACUUAUUUCAAAUCUACAAUUUUUUUUAUAUAAAUUUGUUUUUGUUUAAAUGCAUGGGGGAAAGGUGGAAUAUGUGUUGCAUGAUAACUAUGCUGAAGAAGGUUUAAAUUGGCUUAUUCAAAACACAACUUCAGUAACAACAAUUGCAAUCCAAUUUGCAAAAAUAAGCGAGUCUUCCCCAAUAUUAUAUGCUUAGAAAACAAAUAUGUUUAACGCUUUAUACAUAAAGUAUUAUUAUUAUAAUUAUUGCUGUUUUUUUUUCUUUUUUGCUCCUCUAAAAAGUUAACAUUUAUUCAUGUUUGGAUUCUUUAUUUUUAAGCAAUUUCCCUCUAAAAUUUGUAGGUGAUGUUGUGGUUGAAACGUUCAUAAUACAACAAUGAUGUUUUUCAACCCUAAUUCAGAUUAAUGGCCUUCAAUAAGACAUGGGUACAUAAAACCUUUUCAAUUUUAAUUGAAUGUAUUUUGUCUUUGAAAUGGAAAUAAGCUUGCCCUCUAAAAUUUAUUUUUGACAGUUUAUUUGUGUUUGACCUUCUUACAUGCCUUUGCCCAAAAAAAAAAGGUGAUGAAAAUAUUCCCAUUCUUGAAUUAUUAUUAACACAAAACCAAUAGUGUAUGUCUAACUGAAAUUUGUUUUUGUUAUAUGACAAUCCAAUAAUUUAAUUUGUUAUGUUUUAAACAUUACUCUAUUUAGAUGCAUUUACAAAUUGUUUUUUUAUCUAUUCUUAGUAAGAUGUGUGUACAACUUAAUUUUAAUUCAUACUUAUUUCUUCAACAUUAAUUACUUACUUAUUUGUUCUUCCUCAUUUAUUUUCUUAUAUAUCUAUCAUUAAUAUGGCAUGUCUUACAUAUAUUUACUUAUAAUAAUUAAUAUUGUGUAACUAAAAUUUGUGUUUCUGUCUGCACAUUGAGUUUAUUGUUUUACUAUUUGAAUUUAUUAAAUACUACAUAACACAUUGAAUAAAAAAAAAGUACUUUUUUUUCAUUUAAUUCAGAGACAAAUAUUUUGGAAUUCAACUAUGUAUGUUAUGUGUAAAUUUGUCAAACAUAAUAAAAUAUUGUGAUUAUUAAAGUAACAAUGACUUUCUUUAAAAUUUAUUUUUGAACAUAAUUAUAGAGUAAUAUAUAACACACAAAGGUUAAGGGAAAAGGUAAGGGUUAAUAUCAUAGACUCAUCUUCUUGAUAGUUAGGCGAUGAAAGUGGAAAUAAAGGUGUAUUCAGUUUUAUUUGGUUUUUUCCUUUUUCAAACAUCAAAGUUUAAUUUUAUGGUGUAAAUAUGUUUAUCAGUUAUUAUUUUUUUAUUUGAGUUACCUAUGAAGAAGAACAACAAGCGAAACCGCAGAGGAGUUUGAGGUUUGAAGCAAGCACAAGAGAGACAUUCGUGGGGGAAAUUGAUGCUAUUUAUUUCAUGUUUCGAUACUUGUCUUCCCUUAGUUAGCAAAAUGGGGAGAAAAAAAUGAGAAAGUGAUGGGUUCAAUUUUUUAAAGAACUUCUAAACACUUCUUUGCUUAUUGACAAGACAGUAAGCAACUAUUGUCACUCAUUUGUCUCUCUUCUAAUUUUUCUCUCUUGUAAAGGAGAAAUGGUUCAUCACACUCACGCUUACACUCAUAUCUCUCAUUUCUCUUUUCCACACAACAUCCACAUUUCCAACAUUCUUCUUAUCUCUUCAUCUCCUCUAUACUACUAUAUUUCAAUCAUCGUUGGGGUUGGUGUAAGCUUGAUCGAAGGUUCAUUUGGCCAACUGAAGAACAAACAGUGAGGUUAAAGAUUCACCAUGGAGGAAUGUUUAUUUAUAAUCCAUUGACUGCGUAUGUCAAUGGAGAAAUUGUUGAAGAGGAAUGGGGUUGGGAUGUCAAUACUAUGUCAUACUUUGACUUGACGAAGGUCAUUAAGUCUAUUGGCUACAAAGCAUUCAAGUGCUUAUGGUACAAGCACCCCAAAAAGGCACUUUGGAAAGGGUUGAAGCCACUGAAUGGUGACUCUGAUAUUUUACAAUUGGCUGAAGAUGUUGCUGGGUUUGAUGUGGUGGAAGUGUAUGUGGAAGAUGGGGUGAUUGACAGAUGUGAUAAAAAGUUGGAUGAUGUUGAGGGAGAUGAAGUUGUUGUAAUUGAUGGAGUGGAGGCUGAACCAAUUGUGGAGGCUGAGGUUCAAGUGGAGGGUGAGGUUCUAGUGGAGGCUGAGGUUCAAGUGGAAGGUGAGAUUGAAGUGGAGGCUGAGGUUGAAGUGGAGGGUCAGGUUGAUGUGGAGGGUCAGGUUCAGGUUGAUGAUGAAGGUUUGGUAAGGUUGAGGUGCAGGUUGAAAAGGAGGCUGGUGGUGUGGGUGACAUGGAGGUUGUUGUUGACUGUUUGGAUGAUAUUCAUGUUGGGGUUGACACAGUUGAUGAUGAUGUGGGGUCUGACGAAAGUGAUGAGGAUUAUGUUGGGGAUGAGGAAGAUGAUGAUGAUUCCAGCGACUGUAGUGAAGAUUCAGUUAGUGAUUUUGAAGAAAACUCUGAAUGGACAACAUGGUUGGAGUCUAAAACAUUUACUCAAAGUACUGAGGCCGAUUUUGAUCCUAAUAAAUUGGACCCAAUAAAUUCUGAUUUGGCUUAUGAAACUGAAAAUUCUAAUGAGUUGGAUACUCUAGUUGGAAGUGAAGAUGAAGGUCCCUCGAAAGUUAGAUAUCCUCAUUUUAAGGUGACUGAAAAUGAUGAAGAUGUGAAGUUUGAAGUUGGGCUGCAAUUUAGUGGUAAGAAACAAAUUCUAGAGGCUGUGAAGACCUUUGUUAUUAUUUCUAAGAAGAAUUUAAAGAUUAAAAAAAAUGACAAAAGGAGAGUGACUUUAAUCUAUAAACAAAAGGAUUGUCCAUUCUACUUACAGGUGAGAAAGUCUAUGCAAGCCAGUUAUUGGCAGACAGUCUCAUUCAAAAAUGAGCAUUGUUGCUUUAGAACUAUCAGAAACAGUCAGGCUACACCUGAGUGGGUUUCAAAAAGGUUGAUGUCAUUAUUAAUGCAUAGUCCCGACAUGAGGCUAAAAGCAUUAGUUGCUUUUGCUUUAGAAAAGUGGGGAUUCAGAUUGAGUAUGGAUCAAGCAUACAGAGCAAAGGUUAAAGCAAUGGAAAAAAUUGAAGGUGCAACUAGAGAUCAGUAUAAACAUUUAAGAAGUUAUGCUGCAGAGCUACUAGAUAAAAACAAAAACAGCACUGUGAAGAUCAAGUGUGAUUUAAGUCCGCAUGGUCCAGUUUUUGAACGUAUGUAUGUAUGCCUAGAAGCUUGUAAGAGUGCAUUUGUUACAACUUGCAGGCCAUUGAUAGGAUUGGAUGGCUGCUUUCUAAAAGGAGAAUUUGGUGGGCAAUUGUUGACUGCUGUAGGUAAAGAUGGAAACAAUCAAAUGUUUCCUAUUGCCUAUGGUAUAGUGGAAUCUGAAAAUUAUUCAUCUUGGAAGUGGUUUAUUGAUCUAUUGAUAGCUGACCUAGAUGGUAUUCAGGAGGGAUCUUAGGCUUUCAUUUCUAACCAGCAGAAGGUAAAUACUUAAUUGGAACUAACAUGAACUGUGGCUUUCAUUCAAUUGGUCCACUAUUUUUUGCAGGGUUUGGUUGAGGUAAUCAAAGAGCAUGGUGAAAACGUAGAACAUUAGCUGUGUGUCAAACAUUUGUAUGGCAAUUGGAAGAAGAAGUAUCCGGGAGCACACAUGAAAGAGUUGAUGUGGAUGGCAGCUCGAGCAACAACUACCCCUGACUGGCAAAAAGCCAUGUUGCAGAUUAAAAAUUAUGAUGAAGAAGCUUGGAAUGAUCUGCAAAAGUUAAAACCUGCUUGUUGGACAAGGUCUGCUUUUAAGGUAAACACAAAGUGUGAUUUGCAAGUAAAUAACAUGUGUGAGGCAUUCAAUAAUGUAAUAAUGGACUACAGACAUAAGCCAAUUAUUACACUAUUGGAGGGCAUUCGAUUUUACAUAAGUUCUCGAAUUGUGAAGUUGAGGGCUGCCCUGAUGAGGCAUGAGGGGUUAAUCUGUCCUAAAAUUCAGCAAAUCAUGGAAAAGAAUAAAAAAGCAUAUGAACCAUGGCGGGCACAUUGGUGUGGUGAUGUUGAUCUGUCUUUGUUUGAGGUGUCAAAGGGCAUGGAAAAAUAUGUUGUCAAUCUUAAACAAGAGACAUGUUCUUGUAGAAAAUGGGAGUUAACUGGAAUUCCAUGCACUCAUUCCAUAGCAUGCAUGUGGACCAAUGGUGUUGAACCAGAACUCAGUGUCAACUCUUAUUACAGGAAGUCUACUGUGCUGACCACAUAUUCAUUUAUUGUGUACCCAUGCAAUGGACCCAACUUAUGGCCUCCUCUAUAGACACCAGCGAUGCUUCCACCUGUCAUGAGGAGAGCUCCUGGAAGACCCAAGAAAGCAAGGAACAAGAAAAAUGACGAGUCUACCAAAAAGCCUACCUGCCAAGACAGUCAAGAUCAGUAGUGUGUAAAAAUUGUACGGCAGUUGGACACAAUAGAAGGACAUGUAAAGGAAAGACAACUGCAGAUAGGACCAUUCCAAAAGGGGGAAAACUUGAAGAGACAAUCACCAUGUCCCACCCAUGUUGCAACAAAGAAACAAAACACUGGUCCAAGCUCAAGUCAAACCCCAUCUAUAGGACAUCAACGAGGUGACAACACCAGUGAAACACAACAAUCACGAAUUAGCUAAGGGACCAGCCAAGGAUAGAUUCGGCACAACAAUGUUUUACCUGCCUUGUUUUUUGGGUGUAAUUAAUUUAGGAACCUAAUUCUGUCUGAAUGUUUAAUUCAGAGGCUUUGUAAUGCACUUUUUAACUUGUUACCAGUUGCUGUAACUAAGCAACCACAAUAUGAAACAAUGUUUUAUUGCAGUGUUAAAUCUGCCUUGUUUUAUGCAAAUAUGGUGACUUUAUCGA